AUGGGUCAGUUAAAGGACCUGGUGUAUUUCCUUGUUAUUUUGGUGGUGUUUGUAUUAUCCUACGCGAUUGCCUCGCACUCCAUCCUCUUCCCUGAUUCUCCAUUUACUUGGGAAACAUUUCGACAAAUAAUAAGAAGACCUUACUGGCAUCUUUAUGGAGAACUGUUUCUAGAAGAUACGGAAGGUUCUGCGGAUUGCACAACGGAUGUUAGGCUUUGGACAAACGGAAUAUAUCCGCGUUGUCCAAGCAAAACUGGACAGAUUGUGGUUCCAAUCAUGAUGGGGAUCUAUAUGCUUUUCACCAAUAUACUCCUUCUCAACCUUCUGAUUGCUAUGUUCAGUCACACAUUCGAGGGUAUUCAUAAGCGAUCGGAAUCGCUGUGGUGUUAUCAGCGAUACUUCAUACUGAAGGAGUACGGAAUGAGACCUGUUAUAUGUCCUCCUCUAAACAUAUGUUGGCACAUAUACGAUCUUGUCCAACGCGUGUGCUGUCGACAGGCGACUGUAGAAGAUCCUUUUCGAUUUGAUAACGACGAAAAACGCUCAAACAGUGCUAGAACAGAUGCUAAAGAGUCAACAAUUAUUGAGAUAAAUUACGACAUGCUUGAAGCUCAUUUCCCUGAUCUGCAAAAGAGGGUCAGAACUCUUGUAUGCAAGGUGUAUGGUGAUGUGGACACGAACGUUGAGAAGACUUAUAGCUGUACCCAAGAUCCUUCUUUUGCUGAUUAA